GUAAUACCCCCCACCAUCAGAGAGAAAGUUGAAUUUGUAAGGAAGUUAUGCUGGCAAUUUUAGCCUCUUUGUUUUUGAUGUUUACUAAGCAGUAGUUUUAUUUUGUUUCUGAAGUACCAAAUCUGUUAACUUGUGAUGUUACAGCUGAAAGUGCCUUGACCAACUCAGUGGUUUGUGCUAGUCUUCCUCGUGACCCCCGGUGAGCACGGCAACGACGGGUCGAUGCGAAUGAGAGUUCGUCUCAGGAAUGUCCUCCUCCUGACCGCGGUCCUGUGUUUCUCACCACUUCUGUGGCUGUCUCUCUUCUCACAAAAUGAUCAUGAUGAAUAUGAAGCAAUUUUAGAACAGCGUUUUGCUGAACUGCGAGAUCGAUUGCACUAUGCAGAGUCACUCAGCCGGCAACGUGAAAAUGACCUGUUCAUUCUCAGAAACCACUUUUCUUACUUGGUAUCCACCAUGCACACCAAUGGAACAGUCCAGCUGAACAGGACGCUAGAGGACAUGUUGCUAGCCACGAAGACCAACAUGAGUGGCUUUGUGGGAACCAUCCACCUGCCGAGCAUCUUCACCCACCUGCCCCACCUAUCGGGGCACCCGGAGAGCAUGAGACCCGCCUUCAAGAUGUCCAAAAAUAGAUACGGAGUGUCCAUUGUGAUGGGUGUGCCGACAAUAAAACGUGAAAAGAUCAGCUACCUGACUGAAACUCUGCGCUCGUUAAUUGAUGAACUUAAUGCCGAAGAAAAAGAAGAUUGUCUCAUUGUUCUCUUCAUUGCAGAGCCAUGGGACCUCAAUUAUGUUAAAGAUCUUGGUAACAAAGUUCACAGUCUGUUCCGAGACCACAUACAGAGUGGUCUUCUAGAAGUGAUUGCUCCACCUGCUGGUUUCUACCCUGAUCUGGAGCACCUCAAGGAGAGUUUUGGAGAUACUAAGACCCGAGUCAGGUGGAGAACAAAACAAAAUCUCGACUACUCAUUUUUGAUGCUUCAUGCACGCAGUCGUGGAGUGUAUUACGUGCAGCUGGAGGAUGAUGUAAUAGCCAAACCUGGAUACCUGUCAAUCAUGAAGUCAUUUGCACAUCAACAGAAAAUAGAUGAUUGGAUGUUGCUGGAGUUCUCUGCUCUUGGAUUUAUAGGAAAGAUGUUCAAAUCGGCCGAUCUUCCAUAUGUUGUCGAGUUCUUCCUCAUGUUCUACGCAGACAAACCCAUCGACUGGCUACUAGAUCACCUGCUCAUGGUCAAAGUCUGUAACCCUGAGAAAGAUUUGAAACACUGUGGCCGUAUGAAGCUUGCUGUGCGCCGCAGAUUCAAGCCGUCCCUUUUUCAGCAUGUUGGUGUCACAUCGUCCCUCAAGGGGAAAGUCCAGAAACUAAAGGAUAAAGAUUUUGGAAAGCUGGGAUUGUUCCGUGCCCAUGUGAACCCAUCAGCAACUCUGUCGACCUCACUGCACACUUACAAGAAGUAUCAGCUCUUCAAGGCCUAUGUGGGCGAAACAUUCUUCUGGGCAACCAACCCCUCGGAGGGAGAUAUUAUUGACUUCAAGUUUACACCACCCGUUAAUGUUGAAAAGUUUUUGUUUCGUAGUGGUAACAUCGAUCACAUGGAUGACCGGUUGUAUGAUGCCACAGUAGAAAUUCUUCCAGCCCAGCAGCCCAAGGGCCCCAUUGACCUGUCAGAUUUGAAUUUAUUUGCGGGACAGAAACAGCCGAAGGAAAACGGUUAUUACAUUAUAGGACUAUUCAAUGACAAAGGCUUUGUGGAAAGCACGGUGCCUGAGACUCUGGGCAAAAUAGAUGUGCUGCGAAUUCACUUUCAUUCCAAGAGUGAAAACUGGGUUAUUCUUAGUGAGAUUCUAAUCAAAGAAAGGAAGGCAUAACAACAUCGGCUGCAGGAUCAUGUGUGUGCGCGCGCAUGUAUGUGUGUGUGUGUGUGUGUGUGUGUGUGUUCAUGCAUAUGUGUCUGUGUAUGUCUUUGGUGUGUGUUGUGUGUAUGUCCAUGCAAGUAUGUAGUAUAUAUGUGUGAGUGUGCAUGUGCGUCCAUGCAUGUGUGUGUGUCAGCCAGAGAUUGGUGCUGUGAAAAUAAUUUUGUUGCUCUAUUGCACACCUUGAUGCCAAACUUGCAUGAUAGUGAUAUCUACUAGUAUUUACUCUAUUUAGUUUAUACCUGUAUCCACCUAGUUUUAAGUACUUAGUACACUUCCAUAUUAGGUAUAUAUUUUCUUCAUACAAGACAUUGUUUAAAACUGAUUUCAAGCAGUGGAUAAAUCGGCCAUUUAAUAUUGGUGCGAACUCUUGACAGAUGUAUUUGAUUAUCUGUUGAUUGACAUGUUUAAUACAAGAGAAAAUGUUUAGAUGUUCUACAAAUGGUACCAAACGGGAAAUUUCAUACGUGUUGAUCAGUACUUAUCUGAUACAUGAAAAAAUGUUAUUCAAAUUGUACUACUGUAAGUGGAAGGAUUGUACUCGGAACAUGAAGAUGUUAUUCACUUUACUGUAGAUAAUCUUGUGUAAUCCAGGGGUGGGAAUUCGCCUCAGAUCUGCAGUUUUCCUCUCAUGGAAUAUUGCAUUUCCUCGCAUUUUAAUGUGUCAGAUUGCACAGAUUUUAAACUAGGUUUCAAAAAUUUCCCGGACCCUUCUAGAUUUCCUCUUUUUUGCAGUUCUUAAUUGCCAUCCCUGGUAAUCUGAAAUUAUUUAUCAUGGUUAGACUGGACUAUAACUGUGUUGAAAUCCUUAAAUGUGUUGCUAACUCAAUAACAGUUAGCAAUAUAUAUAUAUAUAUAUAUAAAAUACAAUCAUUUCCAAACACAAUCAACAUAUUUUUAUCACACACUUGUCAGUUAUUAUUAAAUAAUAU